UCUCUCUACAAUCUGAGAUGUUUAUGUAUGAAGUGUAAUAAUUAUCCUUUUUACUGAAAAAAUGAGGGCAGAAUUGAAGGGGAAAACGAGUUCAAUUUCAGUGCAUAAUUCAACGAUUUUGAACACCCCUCAUACUUCUCUUUCUGGUGCGCUAAAGGGGUGCCUUGGGAGCCUAGACGGUGGCUGUAUUGAGAAGCUUCUGCUUCACUGCGCCGGUGCCCUCGAGAGCCACGAUGUCACUCUUGCUCAGCAGGUUAUGUGGGUUCUCAAUAACGUCGCCUCCCCGGUUGGCGACCCUAACCAACGCCUCACUUGUUGGUUUUUGAGGGCUUUGAUUUCUAGAGCCUCUAGGGUUUGUCCAACCCCGACUCCGACACCGAUGAAUUUUAAUGGAAGAAGUGCCCGUAUCGACACGAGGUUGAUGUCAGUGACCGAGCUCGCCAGAUACGUAGAUUUGAUUCCGUGGUAUCGGUUCGGGUUUUGUGCAGCGAACAUCGCAAUUUACAAGGCAAUUCAAAGGUGCCCCAAAGUUCACAUAUUAGAUUUCAGCAUUUCUCAUUGCAUGCAAUGGCCAACCCUAAUAGACGCCUUAUCCAAAAGGCCACAAGGCCCUCCUUCACUUCGCAUCAGUGUCCCAUCUUUUAGGCCAUCCGUUCCUCCUUUACUCAAUAUCUCCACACAACAAAUUGGCCUUUGUUUAAGCAAAUUCGCCAACUCCAAAAACAUCCCAUUUCAAUUCAAUGUCAUUGAUAACCACAAUACUUCCAUCGAUCCUUCAAGUUUAAGCCUAGAAGAAGACGAGGCCUUGGUCAUAAAUUGUCAACAUUGGCUAAGAUACAUGUUGAACGACGAAGAAGAAGAAGACGAUUUUAUUAACGCGACGAAAAGCCUCAACCCACGAAUCAUGGUGGUGGUUGAUGAAGACUCCGACAUGAGUGACUCGAGUCUCGCCUCGAGAAUUACAACAUGUUUUAACUAUUUUUGGAUACCCUUUGACGCGCUCGAGACUUUCUUGCCAAAAGAUAGCGCGCAGAGGCUCGAGUAUGAGGCCGACAUCGGGCAACGAAUCCAAAACAUUAUUGGCUUUGAAGGGCAACAAAGAGUUGAGAGAUUGGAAAGUUGUGUGAAGGUUUCGGAGAGAAUGAGGAAUGGUGGGUACUUAAACGUACCGUUUUGUGAUGACGUGGAAGCUGAGCUGAAGGCCUUGUUGGCAGAGCAGGCCAGUGGAUGGGGGAUGAAGAGGGAAGAAGAUACGUUGGUGCUGACGUGGAAGGGCCACAAUUCUGUGUUUGUCACAGCUUGGGUUACUGAUGAGUUGGCUAGAUGAAGCUGGUGUGACUCGAACAUUUUGAUUCUAGUUCUAGUUCUA